AUGUGUUAUUCUUAUUCGUCCCUCCCACUGCAAACCUAGCUGUGCCGCGUUCAGAACAAAUAGGAACUGUGAACUCUGACAAAACAUUUUAUACUCACGUCAUUUUACUGCGUCUACGGCACAGUUGUUUGGAUAGAGAAGAUGGCUUCAGGGUCAGCCGGACAAGACACAGAACUGGAUGAGUUAUUGGACAGUGCGCUCGAUGACUUUGAGAAGACAAACUCGGCCACCUUGGGCCCAGACCCUGCUGCUGCCUUGGCUCCCCCACCAGCCAAGGGCAGUGAGGAGAAACUCCCUCUACUGGAGGACAGUCAGUUCUUCGAGGCACUGUUUGAAGGUGAGAUGGCCUCUCAGGCAAAGGAAGAGUGGGAGAAAGCCAUGACUGAACUCGCACAGGAAGAACCUGAGCUGCUGCAACACUUUCACAAAUUGUCAGAGGCAGCAGGGAAAGUUGGUACUGAUGUAGCCUCCCAACAAGAAUUCACUUCCUGUCUCAAAGAUACCCUCAGUGGAUUGGCUAAAAAUGCAGACAAUUUACAGAGUGCAGGAUUGGCUGGAGAGGAUUUGGCAAAGACUCUGGAAGGGCUGGAUUUGGAUGAGGAUGGAGAGCGGGACGGGCAAGAUGGAAACAUCAUGCCGAUCAUGCAGUCCAUCAUGCAGAAUCUUCUCUCCAAGGAAGUGCUCUACCCGUCUCUCAAAGAAAUCACUGAGAAGUAUCCUGAGUGGCUGAACAGCAAUCGUCAGUCCCUCCCCCCAGAUCAGUUCCAGCGCUACGAACAGCAGCACAGGGUCAUGGGAGAGAUCUGCAGCCUGUUUGAGAAGGAGGGAGAUGGGGAGAAUAGCUUUGAGAGCAUUCUGGAAAUCAUGCAGCAGCUACAAGACCUGGGCCAACCACCCAAAGAGCUGGCUGGUGAAUCACCACCUGGCCUAAACUUUGACCUGGAAUCCUUGAAUCUCUCAGGAGCCUCUGGGACUGGAGCUGCAGAUCAGUGCUCGAUCAUGUGAUCUCAGAGCAGCCAGUUCAAUUGAUACACAGGCUAGGGCCAUGUGCUACCGGGCUGACGAGGGAGGACCAUCAAUCACUAUAGCAGAAGGAGGAGAACGAGACUGUUUGCACUGCUCUCCUCCUAACAUAUGUUUCUGUGUCAAAAUAGACGAGCACUGUGAAGGGUGGCAAAACAAACCAAUGUGACCACACCCUUCGGUAACUCACUGAUCAUUACAUAACUGAUUUUUAAGUAAAUUGCUUUGGUUUGUCAUAAUAGGCUCUUCCAGGUCAUUUAUAGUACAGGUAGUACCAUUCCCACGCACAGCUCAAUUGACUAGCACUUGACUUAUCUGGCAGUUUUUACACUCACCACUGUUUAGCCUAAUGAGUACUGAAACUGGUUGAACUGCCCUGUUGGUUAAAACAGUGCCUUGCACAUUUUUCUUCAGAAUUUGAGAAUGUUCAUUACUGUUACUCUUACAGCAGGGAUAUUAGGUUUCUCUGUUGUAAGAGUUGCUGGGUGAAGAUUGAGUUGUAUCAUGGGGCUGCGUGCCUAACAAAGGUUGUUGAGUCAGUGUCACGGUUUCACUCAUCAAUAAAGUAACACUAACACCUCG